ACAUAUUUGGCUAGGAAUUGACUUACUGUGAGCAUAUUACCUCUUCUCUCGAUAUUCCAGAAUUUUCCCAAGCUCAAAUUGAGUAUAGAAGGCUUCUGAUUCUGCCGGUUUCCAUAUGCUAGCAAGUCUUCUGACAAUCUCCUUCAACGCUUGUCCGCCUCCGUCAGUGAGUUUCCCAUCUAACCAGGGCGGUAUCUUCUCCCGCUUGGUAUCUGGUAAAGCCCAUCUGCCAGCCUCCGAUGCGUGUAUGAGCACGUCGAUAUUAAGCUCCUCGACGGCUGGAAGUUGCUCUAAGAGCUUGCCAAUAGCAGCAGAGGCGGCAUUCGGCCGCCUCUUCGCUGUGCUCGGUGCCUAGCCUUUCGUCCAGGAUACUGCUCAUAGGCUUUCGUAUCUGACAAUAUAUCUCUGUC